AUGUCCGACGAAAAAGUCUCAGCGCAGCACGUCGACUCCGCCGCCGAGUUCGUCGGCGACGACACCACCGUCCUCACCGAGGAGCAAGAGCGCCAAUGCCUCCGCCGCGUCGACUUUGUCCUCAUGCCCGUCAUGUUCAUCACCAUGGCGCUGCAGUACAUGGACAAGGCGUGUCUGACGGGAGCGGCCAUGUUUGGUAUCCUGACGGACCUUGAUCUCCUGCAGAUUAGUCGCUCGGGGCUCGAUAUGAAGCGCUAUUCGUAUGCGACGAUGAUUUUUUAUUGGGGGUAUCUGCUUGGGACAUUGCCUGCCGUCUACAUGGUGCAGAAAGUGCCGCUGGCAAAGUAUGUCAGUGUGAUGAUGACUAUUUGGGGAGGCGUGACGGUCUGUACAGUCGCUGUGCAUUCAUACCAGGGCCUUCUCGUGCAGAGAUUCUUCCUCGGCUUCGCCGAAGCCAGUGUCUCCCCCGCCUUCAACCUCAUAACCGCAAUGUGGUACCGCCGGAAAGAACACCCGCUCCGCAUCGCAAUCUGGUACUCAUCCACGGGCCUGGGCACGCUGGUGGGUGCAAUGCUCCUGUAUGCAAUCGGCAAAAUUGACGGCGCCCUUGCGGCCUGGCGGUAUCAGUUCAUGAUCAUCGGGUGCGUGACGAGCGUCUGGGGGAUCGCAAUCUGGUUUAUUCUGCCUAGCAACCCCAUGACUGCGCGGUUCUUGACCCCUGAGCUACGACGGGUCGCGAUUCUCCGCAUCGCGAGCGAGCAGAUCGGUAUCGAGAAUAAGAAGGUCAAGAAGGAGCAGGUGCGCGAGGCGCUUGUGGACCCCAAGGCCUGGGCGUAUGUCGCCAUCACGUUCUUCAUCAUGCUCACCAACGGGGCGUUGACGGGGUUCGGAACAAUCAUCACGCAGAGCUUUGGGUUCUCCGAGAUCAAGACUAUCUUGCUCAUUGGGGUUGUCGGGGCGGUUGGGUUUGUUGCUUUGCUGACUUUUGGCAUCAUCUCCGUCUUCAUCCCUAACACGCGCAUCUACAUCGGCACAUUCUCCUGCCUCCCCGUCAUCGCCGGCGCAGCAAUGGUCUGGCGCGCCCCCUGGUCCGCCGCAAAAAUCGUCCCGCUCUGGGGCAUGUACCUCAUGGGGUUCUUCCCCGCGGUGUACGUAAUGACCCUCUCCCUCGCAACAGCAAACACAGCCGGCCACACAAAGAAAGCCGUCACGGCGGGUAUGAUCUGGGCGUCGUACUGCAUCUCGAACGGGGUGGCGCCGCUGCUUGUUUUUGCGAAUGAGCGCGAUGACCAGUACCCGACGACGUUUAAGAUUGUUAUUGCGGGGUCCACGGUCAGUGGGGCCGUGUUGAUUGCGCUCAGGGGGUAUCUUAUGUGGGAGAACAAGAGGAGGGAUCGGGUUCAUCCUGUUGAUGAGGGGGAGGUUCUGGCGACGGCGUUGAUGGAUCGGACGGAUGGGGAGAAUUUGAAUUUCAGGUAUCAGAUGUAG